UUCUGUUGUUGUCCUCUGUCCUGGCACCCUGCAUCACUCUGUCCUCACUCUCCAUCGCUCCAUAGCUGGACUCCUCCAUCUGCAACAUCCCUUUAGGAACCCAAAGAGUCAGGAACCAUGCUGACCAUUUUGGCGCUGGCAUCGGUCAUACUGCUUGGAAUAGUGCCCCAGCAGUCGGAGGCCAUCGUCAUCUACACGGGCUGGGAGCGUCACGCCCUAGUGGGGUCAGACAUCCGUCUGUCAUGUUCAUUCUUCUCCUGGCGCUGGACUUCCGAUGACGUCACCUUCUCCUGGAGCUACCGGGCCGACGGAUCCAGGGACACCAUCUCUGUCUUCCACUACACUGGUGGAGCUGCCUAUGUGGACAACAAGGGACAGUUCAGAGACAGGCUGGAGUUUGUGGGGAACCCCGGUCGCCGGGAUGGAUCCAUCCUACUCAAGAACCUGGACUACGGAGACAACGGCACCUUCACGUGUGAUGCCAAGAACCCGCCUGACAUAGUGGGACGCGCCUCCAGUGUCAGGCUGCUGGUCUUUGAAAAAGUUCCCAUCCAGGCCGGAGUGAUCACAGGGUCCAUCAUCGGUGCGGUGCUGGGUCUGUUGGUGCUCGUCGUUGUCAUCUACUAUCUCAUGAGGUUCCUGGUGGCCCGCAGAGUCUUCAACCUCAGUGUCAGCAAACAUGGAAAAAAAGGGAAGGGUAAGGAGGGAUCACAGCAGAGACAGGUCCCAGUUCUCUCCAUCGGGGACCCGUCCAAGCUGAAGGCCGCCGCCUCAGAAAAGAAGAAACAGGAGUCACGCAAGGAUAAGAAAUAGGAUACGGAGAGCAGAGAGCUAGAGCCCCAACACACAGCCCACACAUCCCACACAGCCCAGCACAAAGCACUGAGACAGCCAGGGAGAGCAGGAACAGGGGGAGGGGACUCCCCCAAGGGGGAGAGGCCUGACAGGGUGCUGAUGACCAUUGAGCUGGAGCUCUCCAAGGGGGACAAAGAGGGGGAGGGGAAUGGGGGUGGGUCCGCCUCAGCCAAAUCAGCCAGCUUCCUGUCCCAGCUCGCCAAAAAACUAACCCUGAAAUAAGUGAAUGAGACAGACAGGGGUUUUACACGGAGGACGAUACUAUUCAAAAUCAUACUGGAGAGAGAGGCAGAGGAGGGUCUUAGAGAGGCAGUCCUAAUGAACUAAAAGGCUACGUCUCAAAUAGUACCCUAUUCCUUAUAUAGUACACUACUUUAGACCAGAGCCCUAUAGGUAGUAGUGCACUAUAUAGGGAAUUAUGGUGCUGUUUGGGAGGCAGAGUAAGUCUGUCUAGUACAGUAUAUUCCUUCCCACAAAAUCCAAGCCUUUACAACUGAAACGAUCAUCAUUAGGAUCUUAAUGCCACACUGAGGUGAAUAUAGACACAAUACUGAGGAGAACAUAGACACAAUACUGAGGAGAAUAUAGACACAAUACUGAGGAGAACAUAGACACAAUACUGAGGAGAACAUAGACACAAUACUGAGGAGAAUAUAGACACAAUACUGAGGAGAACAUAGACACAAUACUGAGGAGAACAUAGACACAAUACUGAGGAGAACAUAGACACAAUACUGAGGAGAACAUAGACACAAUACUGAGGAGAACAUAGACACAAUACUGAGGAGAACAUAGACACAAUACUGAGGAGAAUAUAGACACAAUACUGAGGAGAACAUAGACACAAUACUGAGGAGAACAUAGACACAAUACUGAGGAGAACAUAGACACAAUACCCUGGAGAACAUAGACACAAUACUGAGGAGAACAUAGACACAAUACUGAGGUGAACAUAGACACAAUACUGAGGAGAACAUAGACACAAUACUGAGGUGAACAUAGACACAAUACUGAGGAGAACAUAGACACAAUACUGAGGAGAACAUAGACACAAUACUGAGGAGAACAUAGACACAAUACUGAGGAGAACAUAGACACAAUACUGAGGAGAACAUAGACACAAUACUGAGGAGAACAUAGACACAAUACUGAGGAGAACAUAGACACAAUACUGAGGAGAAUAUAGACACAAUACUGAGGAGAACAUAGACACAAUACUGAGGAGAACAUAGACACAAUACCGAGGAGAACAUAGACACAAUACUGAGGAGAAUAUAGACACAAUACAGAGGAGAACAUAGACACAAUACUGAGGAGAAUAUAGACACAAUACUGAGGAGAACAUAGACACAAUACUGAGGAGAAUAUAGACACAAUACUGAGGUGAAUAUAGACACAAUACUGAGGAGAACAUAGACACAAUACUGAGGAGAACAUAGACACAAUACUGAGGAGAACAUAGACACAAUACUGAGGAGAACAUAGACACAAUACCGAGGAGAAUAUAGACACAAUACUGAGGAGAACAUAGACACAAUACUGAGGAGAACAUAGACACAAUACUGAGGAGAACAUAGACACAAUACCGAGGAGAACAUAGACACAAUACUGAGGUGAAUAUAGACACAAUACUGAGGAGAACAUA